AUGAUUGCAUCGUGUUUGACGAGACACAAAUGGUGUACAGCAACAGUUACUCUACGAGAAGGAACAGGAAAAGUAACAAUCAAAGCAUUAAGUGUCAAAUCAAAUGUUCAUGAUAUUCUUUAUUUUACGCGAAUUAUACACCGAGAUCAACUUCUCUAUCCGUUUAAAGUUGUUGAUCGUGUUAAUCUAUUCGAUAUUGAUGUUAACUACGAUGGAGUUGGAUUUACAGCACAAGCUAUUGCUACGCGAUUAGCCAUUUCUAAAGCACUUUGUUCAUUUAUUUCGUCGAAAGAAGUCGAAUACCUUCGAUUGGCUGGCCUAUUAACGGAUGAUGCGCGUCGUAAAGAACGUAAACAACCAGGAAAGAGAAACGCACGACGCAAAUACAAAUUCCGAAAACGUUAA